CCCUGACUCGCUUCCCCAUCCGCCAAGUCCCAGCUCACCUCUUGGCUUUACUUCCUUUGUUUGCUUUUUCAGCUUUUAGCCCCCCUGUUCAAACCUCCAAUUCCACAAUGGCUGCUUUUGCAAGAACUCUAACUUCUUCCUUGCUGCUUAUGUUUCUUUUUUUAAACUAUAUAGAAGCUAAGGAAAUCUUGGUUGGUGGCAAGACAGACGCUUGGAAGAUUCCAUCCUCUGAAUCGGACUCUCUCAACAAAUGGGCUGAAAACUCCCGUUUCCGCAUUGGCAACUCUCUCGUGUGGAAAUACGACGGUAGCAAAGAUUCAGUGCUGCAAGUCACUAAGGAGGAUUACGGAAGCUGCAACACCUCGAAUCCUAUUGCAGAGUACAGGGACGGGAACACCAAGGUGAAGCUUGAGAAGUCUGGGCCAUUUUACUUCAUCAGUGGAGCACAGGGUCACUGUGAGCAAGGCCAGAAGUUGGUUGUGGUCGUGUUGUCUCCAAGACACAGGUACACUGGAAUCUCCCCGGCACCUUCUCCGGCAGAGAUUGAGGGUCCUGCAAUUGCUCCUACAAGCAAUGCUGCAGGGUUAAAGGCUGGUUUCUUGGUGACGUUGGGGGUGCUGGUUUUGGGGUUGCUUUGAGAUGUGAGUGGAAUUUCGGGUGAUUUUGCUAUCCAUUGAUGGGGAGAUUAUUUCAUUUUUUUUAAUAUCUAGUUGAGAUUACAGUAAUUCAUUUAUUACUUUAAUGAUUCUACCAUUGAUUCAAUUCAUGCUAUC